AGUAUUCAACGUAAUAAGAAAUAAAUUACUGUACCACUGAUAAUAUUUAAGUCCUCUCGUUUAUUCAUUAAAGAAUACUUCAAGAUAGGUUUGUGCGUGUACGAUUUCAGAUUGUGGUUAUAUAUAAACAGUUAAAUAGUGCGUGCAGAAAUGCUAACUAAGCAUUUAAGCUUUCGCACUGAUUAUUUUCGCACGAUGUUGCAAAAAUGUAAUGUAUUGUAAAGUAAUAGUUAAUCGAUGCACUUGAUAACUCGGUUUAUUGGAGCAUCGCAAUCGCGACUAGACACUUAGUAUGGAUUUAAAAGCUGUCGUUGUGUCGGGUGAGGCACCAGAAUCUGACGAUGAUAGUGCAAGCAUUAUCACUGGUAUGGGAUUUCGUUCUAUAAGAGCUUCCAAUUACUGUGGUACAAUUAUUUCUGGUGAAGCUCCAGAAUCUGAUGAUGAUGGAACAAGUUUGAGUAGUGUAAGUGGUGCAGUCGAUGCUAUGACAUGCAUUCCAGAGACAAAAAUUCCAAAGUCAAAAAGGUGUACUAUAAAGUACAAUAGCUUGCUACACAAAAAAUUACAUGAAUGCAAUGAAACGUUGGAUAAGGAUAUUAUGCAAAUGGUCGAUGGAACGGUUGACAAUGCUACUCAAGAAUUAUCAGCUGUAAAUAGACAACUGCUAAGAAGCGAACUCAUCCUCCAGGAAGCUGUUUCUCAAUUACGAAGCGCCAGUAAUCGAACGAGGGACACUUCCAACGCCUUGCAUCAGCUAAUAGAUGGAAACUUUUUAUCCUCUGUUAAAACUUAAUUUAUGUAAAUAUAUUUUGUAAUAUAAGAUGGUUAUUCAAAUAUGUAAUGGACAUGAUAAUAUAAUAAUAACAUUAAUAACAGCAAUACUGCCUUGGUGUAAUGUGUUAAAUAUAUCAAUAUUAAAAAUCAGUGU